AUGGCUCCCCCGACCGUCCUGAUCAUUGGCUGUGGCGUGGCCGGCCCUUUCCUUGCGAUUCUACUCAAGAGAAAAGGCUAUCAGCCGAUUGUCUUUGAAAAGGUUCGGGAACUGGGCAAUGCCGGGGCAUCAUUGAUGAUCAUGUCCAAUGGACUCAAAGUAUUUGACUUGAUUGGAGUUGCAGACGCCAUCAAGGCCGAAUCUCUCCCUCUCACGACCCUCUGGGAUGCCAAAGCCUCGGGUGAGGUCCUCGGACAGUCCAAUCUACCGAGCACCUUUGCCGACACCUACCGACAACCUGCCACUGGCAUCAGGCGGACAACGCUCAAUCUGCUUUUGAAGAGAAAGGUGCUGGAGGAGGGCAUCGAGCUCAGGGAGGGGUGGGCGCUGGUCGAUAUCCAGGAGCACGAGGACUCGGUGACGGCAACUUUCAGCAAUGGACAGUCGGUGACGGGCUUGUUUCUUGUUGGAUGCGAUGGUAUCAAGUCGGCUUCAAGAGCCAUUCUACAAAGGCAAAGGGGGGUUGAAGAAGGACUUCCUUCGUAUACAGGUCUCACACAGACGGCUUUCCUGUCAGAAACACCGGCGACACUUGAGGCCACGGCAGCGAUGCGCAACUGGUACGGCGACGGAGUCCAUGUCAUUGCCUACCCAGUCGGCCCCAAGACAACGUCAUGGGCCCUCACGCAGCGAGAGACUCAGGAGAGAGAAGAGACGUGGCGUCCGUUCACCGGUGACGAGAUGGAUACUCAGCGAGAGGCCCUUUGCAAGCUGCUCGACGGCUGGGAUGCCAGCAUCGCGCAGGGAGUGAGAGCGGCUGAGCGCAUCAUCAAGUUUGGCCUGUUUGACCGUGAGGAGCUGAGGCCGGAGGAAUGGUUCUCGAGGCGUUGCGUCUUGGUGGGCGAUGCUGCGCAUCCUACGAGCCCUCACCUUGGACAGGGUGCCAACCAGGCCAUGGAGGACUGCUACCACCUGAGCACCAUGCUGCCGGAUCUAUCCCCCGGCAGCCAGCAUGAAGACGACAUCAACAAGAGCCUCGAGGACGUGCUGAGGAACAAUCUCGCGGAAUCCGUCUUCAGGCCAUUUGCAGAGAAGCGCCAGCCCCGAACAUCGACCCUCGUCAAGGGCGCGCGGGCGCUGGGCGAGAUGCGGGUUGCCGUGGGCAGCGACAAGGGUCGAGAGCGAGACGAGGCGGUUUCCAGGUCGUACGAGGGCGAUGCUGCUGCCAUAGUGGCCAAGUUUGAGAAUCUGUUGAGGCAGCCGUUUAAUUAG